AUGUCUAGACUAGAGGCUGCAAUGAGAAUAUCAAGAUUUUCAAGAACAUCAACAUAUGUAAUGCAACAAUCUCGAUCCCAAUGUUAUAGUUUAAUAACUGGCGCCCAACGUGACUUGAAUCAGCUCAAAAAAUUAAAUGGAGCCAUCAAUGCUCAAAUUGAACAAAGCAAACGGUUUGAAAUUCGCCUAGCAAAACUAGAGGCUCAGUUCAAUACACCACAACCGCAGGUAACAAAUUUGGCAGCACCGAAAAGUGAAGACGACCUGAAACAAAUAUCGAGACUUCCGGACUGUGUCAAAGAUUUACAAACCUUUGAUGGCGAUGCAGUGCAGUAUGUAUCAUGGGUGCACAGCGUAGAAUCAAUUCUACGAGAUUACGAAGUUGUCAGAAACAAACCCAUAUACAGAGCAAUAUUACAAGCUAUUAGAGGAAAAAUUAGAGGUAGAGCAGAUGCAGCUCUAAUAUCGUACAACCUGUUCGACGAAGAGUGGGCCGCAAUCAAGCAGUGUUUGUCCCUGCAUUAUGCCGACAAACGGGACAUACGCACAUUGGAGCACCAAAUGAGCACACUGACGCAGGGAAGAUCAACCAUAGAUGAAUUCUACGCCAGAGUCAACCAUCAAUUCUCCCUCAUAAUCAAUAAGAUCAAGACCGAGAAUUAUACAAAAGAAACUAUAGACGUAUUGAUAGAAUCACAAAGAAACAGAGCACUGGACGUAUUUAUCCGAGGGCUCAAUGGGGAAUUGUCCAGGUACUUGAUGCUUCAGAAACCGUCAACUCUGCCAGAAGCAUAUUCAACGUGUCUAGAGCUCCAGAACUAUAGUUGCCGAAACUUCGCUAUACACAACAGGAAUGAUAACAACAGAAUCACUGUACCAUUCAACAAAAUGUCCAUGAAACGACAACAACCAAGUGCUGGGAACCCAAGGUCGUAUCAACCAGAACAGCCAUUAACAGUGGAACAACGGAACUUGGCCUACAACAUUCAACAUCAGAGAGAAUCGCAACCUCCACCUAGACCGCCAAAACCGUUAGAGAAGAUGGACGUUGACCGAUCCAUACAAACACGUCAGGUUAAUUAUAUGAACCGGCCAGACAACUACAGGGGAAUAUACAAGAGGCCACCAUCAGUAGGCAACAUGCCUAGCAAUAAGCACCAAAGGCUAUUCAAUAUGGAAACACUUGAAGACGACGUAGAUGACCACCCAGAAGAAUGCAGCGAAUAUGACGAAGAACCAGCAUAUGCAGAUGAUGAGGUUCAAGAACUCCUAAAAUUUCUAGUCGACACAGGAGCUAAUAAAAAUUUUGUAAGAGAAGAGAUCGCGACAAAUGCCAAACCAACAACAAAACCAUUCAAGAUACGUUCAGCUGGAGGAGAUAUAACAAUCACCAAGAAGAUCGGAGGAAGAUUUUUUCAGAGUCUGGGAAACAACACCUUCAUUGAAUUUUUUGUUUUGCCAGGAUUGAAGACCUUUGAUGGUAUAAUUGGAGACGACACGCUUAAGAAGCUCGAAGCCAUUAUAGACAGAAAGAACAACACCUUAAGGAUCAAGCCAGAUAUAAAAAUUCCGUUAAAGGCAAAGGCAUCAGCUCAAGUCAACACCAUCGAAAUCGGGGCAGACCAUUUACCGAAGGCAAUCCAAGAAAAAAUUAUGGGAAUAAUAAGGAAAUACGAGAAAAUAUUUGGCCCAAUAAACGACAGGGAAAUAAUAGACACACAAGUGAAAGCAGAAAUUAAAACUACUACUGAUGAUCCCAUAUACACCAAGUCAUAUCCAUACCCAGCCAAUAUGAGGAAGGAAGUAGAGGAACAAAUCAAAAAGCUGCUAGAGGAUGGAAUUAUCCGCCCUUCGAAAAGCCCUUACAACUCACCGAUCUGGGUAGUAGCCAAGAAACCCGACUCAUCAGGUGUGAAGAAGUAUAGAAUGGUUAUCGACUUUAAACGACUUAACGCAGUAACGGUACCAGACACAUAUCCUAUACCGGAUAUUACAAGCACACUAGCAAGCCUAGGCCAGGCCAAAUUCUUUACAACAUUAGAUCUGACAUCCGGAUUCCACCAAAUCAUGAUGCACAAAAAGGACAUUCCCAAGACGGCUUUUUCAACAAUGAAUGGAAAGUACGAAUUCCUAAGACUACCAUUCGGGCUGAGGAAUGCGCCUUCAAUAUUCCAACGCAUGAUAGAUGAUGUUCUAAAGGAUCAGAUAGGCAAAAGCUGCUACGUAUACAUCGACGACGUUAUCAUAUAUGGAAAAACGGAGGAGGAACAUUUAAGGAACAUUGAAACGAUUUUUAGCAUAUUGGAAAAAGCUAACCUGAAGGUCAACCUGGAAAAAACAAAAUUCUUCAACACCGAGACAGAAUUUCUUGGAUAUAUAGUCACAAGCGAAGGAAUCAAACCCGAUCCCAGAAAAGUGGCGGCCAUUCAGAACAUCAUGCCACCGACAAAUUUGAAGGACCUAAAAUCAUUCUUGGGACUCACAUCAUAUUAUCGCAGAUUUAUUCAAGAUUUUGCAAAAGUGGCGAAACCACUAACGAGCUUAACAAGAGGCGAAAACGCACAAAUAAAGGCCAAUCAAUCUAAGAAAGUUGGAAUCAAAUUGAAUGCAGAAGAGUUAAAGGCAUUUAACAGGCUGAAAGAAUUACUUAUAUCUUCAGAAGUCCUAAUAUUUCCAAAUUUCGAGAAGCCGUUCAUCCUAACAACCGAUGCUUCCGACACAGCUAUUGGAGCGGUGUUAUCACAAGGCGCAAUAGCAACCAUUAAACAAGGACAAGGUCAAAUCUUGGAAGGAAAUUUCAAUUUGGUGCACAUCAUUGAUUUAAAGAGCUAUGACGAGGUUAUACAACAAAUCAUUCCUUUGGUUGAUGGAAUCAACUCGACCAGCAUAAUGAAACCACAGUUAGAACACCAACUGGCUCAAAUAAUGGAAUUUCUGACUAAAUUGAGAAGCAGCAAAUCAAGAGUUCAACGGUCAAUAAAUUGGAUUGGUACAGCAUGGAAAUGGCUGGCAGGAACACCAGACGCCACAGACUGGGACAACAUCGUUACAAGCCAAGACAAGCUGAUACAAAAUAAUAAUCAACAGUACAAAAUAAAUCGUGAAGUUAUGAGGAUAACAAACCAAGUAGUAGAAAGAUUUAACCACAUUUUGGAACAUGUAGGGAACUUAGAUCAUCGAUCCGAACAAAUAAUAUUUAACAAACUUGGAAUCAUAAAAGAAGCCUUGGGAGAAAUCGUGUUAGCGACAGAAUUAGCAAAAAAUGGAAUUGUCAACACAAAUCUUCUUAGCAGGAUUGAAAUCCAAAAAAUACUGAAGGAGAUCGAUACACUACCCUACGUCAACGAAAUUGAGGCAAUAGAAUACGCAAAACCACAGGUAGUAACCAAUGGACGAGAAAUUCUCUACAUAUUAUCAAUACCGAAGACAGGCAACCAGUACUAUGACCACAUUAUAGCGAGAUCAACAAUCCGAAACUCCCAACAAGUCUACCUCGAAUAUCAGGAACUUCUCGUGAAAGAUGACGUAUAUGGCAUAUCGACAAAAUGCGAGAAUUUAAGAAACAUCACCAUAUGCGAAAGAACAUUGCGUAUGAUUAAUUGGAUACCAGAUCUUUGUUCAAAUUAG